CGGGGCCGAGGUGGGCGAAUAUUGUUUCUUCGUACGAUCUGUGGAUAAUGGGAAUAUAUGAUUCUUCACAUACCUCCUACUAGAGAAAAGGUCUUCACUAUUCCUAUCCAUGCACUACUUCUCCCCGUUGUCCAAAAUCUUGGUUCAUUAUCCACAUCUCUCCCAUCCCCGUUACCGGACUGUGCCUCUGUGACGGCACGGCGCGUCCCCACUCCUGUGGAGUGUUCUCAGCCACCUAGUCAUCAUCCGCGGACUUUGAAUCCAUGGUGGGGAUAUCUGUUUGAGAGAAUCUUAAAUCAGAGGAGGAGCUGUGUAUAACGCAUGCACCAGCACAAGCAGAAGCAGGAUCCCAUCCUCAAAACCGUCAGUCAUUACACAGCACAUACGACGUUCUUCUCCCCAGCACCUCCGGAUGGUGCAUCAAUCGCCGUAGGGAAAACGCAAAACAUCGAUGCUCUCACCCUUCCGAUCCCAUCCGCAACCACCUAAGACAGAACGAGCGGUGAGGCAUAACCACAAUGCAUAUCAACUUACACCCCCGUCCUUUGUCCGUUCGUGGGCCUUACAGAAUCGUGCCGCGACAACACCGCGGCCUUGUUGAGAUGACGGGGAGCGAGUUUAACUCUUUGUCCGGCCCCGGCGGAGGAGCACACUCUAUGCCGUCCGUGUCGACUGGCCUCAUCGCGGAUAACAGUGAUUGGGAUACCGCUUCCACGGGGCUAGAGGGACUUUUCCAGCACGGCGGCGGUGGUCCUGGGUAUUCGAACCCCCCAUUCCCAUUCCCCACACCAGCGUCAGCGUUUGGGGGAGCGUAUACUUCCUUCCCCACCGAAAACAGCGUGUCAAGCAUAGCAGCGGCAGUGGGGAGGGGUUUUGAAACACAGGCGAUGCUCCAGCAACAGCAGCAGCGGUUUAGUACACAAGUGCUUUCCUACCACCACAUGACGUGCAAAUUCGCUUCCAGGCCUCCACCGCCGCCGCCGUCGUCGCUGGAGGGAUUCCAGAUUUCGCAGACACAGGGGAGCGAGUAUUGGAGCGCCCUUGCCACCACUGCUGCAGCGUCAAACCAGAGUAAUACUUGGAAAAUGGAUUAUAAUAACAAUAACCCCCUAUCUGAUUUCACCCGCCAAUGCACAUACGACGAGUUUAUCCCUAUACCUCUGCAGACGGGGAGGCUAUCUUCGUUCUCUCUGGGUGAGGAUGGUCAGUCACCUGAUAUUCUGCAUUUCAGCCCCAACGACGAUGGGGGCCAGGGUUAUGGCGAGAAACGCUGGGGGGAUACACUUAAAUGCCAUGGGCAGAACUUACCUCCGCACCACGGACUACCAUACACAUUCUUCGACGACAGCAACAGUGCGAAUGCCCCCGCCUUCCCGCCUUGGACAGAUACACCGGGUCUAGGCACCGUGUCACCCAAAGCACUCACGCUCAGCUCGUCGUCGAUCUCGUUCUCUGGAUCGUCGAGCUCGGAGUGUGGAUCCUUGGACUCAGUGUCGACGCAUGAUGGACCUUUCCAGGCUGCUGGAGGGGAGAUACAGGGUUUGCAAGAGGGGUUGAAGCAGGAGAGGGGAGAGGAGGUGAAGGGUAGGCAUAAGUUGCCCACGAGGCCGGUGAGGCAGUAUGUUGCUAUCGCGCCUAGUGUUGAGCGGGCUAGGCAGGCGAGGACGGGGAGUGAGGGGGAGGUUAAGGACUCCUCAUCACCAGCACCACCACGAAAUCCCCCCACCUCCACCCCCCACCCGCAAACCCGCAGCACCAAAGACGCAUUCCUCAUCACCUCCAAACGGGCCGGAAUGUCGUACCGCGCGAUCCGACAAGCCGGGAACUUCAGCGAAGCCGAGUCCACGCUACGCGGUCGCUACCGCACGCUCACCAAACAUAAAGAGGAGAGGGUGCGGAGGCCGGAGUGGACGGAGGGGGAUGUGAGGUUGUUGCGGGAGGCGGUGGAGAGGUUUAGGUGCGGGAAGGGGAGGGGGGGGGGUAGGGGCGGGAAGACCCCGUGGAAGAGGGUCGCGGAGUAUAUUGAGGGGAAUGGGGGGAGUUAUCGGUUUGGGAAUGCUACUUGUAGGAAGAUGUGGGAUCGGUUGGGGGAGGAGGAGGAGGGGUAG